AUGAAAAUGCUGGACGAAGUUUCAUCAACACAUAUACAUAGGUUACUAACCAAUAUUUGGGAGAAGGAAGAACUACCGGAAGGUUGGAAUGUUGCAGUCGUAUGCCCGAUCCAUAAAAAAGGUGACCCACAAAUAUGUAAUAAUUACAGAGGAAUAGCCUUAUUAAAUUUGGUCUACAAGAUAUUGUCCUAUUGCAUUUUGGAUAGGGUUAAACCCAUUGCGGAAGAGAUUCUGGGAGAUUAUCAAGGUGGUUUUAGACCCAACAUGUCAACAACAGAUCAAAUCUUCAGUCUAAGACAGAUCAUAGAAAAAUCAUGGGAAUUCAAUAAAAGCAUUUGUAUACUAUUUAAAUUAUAUUAAAUUAAAUAUUAAAUUAAAUUAUAUUUAAAUUAUUUAACUUUGCAAUUUUUAUUUCUUACUUUAACUUUAACUUUAACUAUUAAACAUUAUUCAUAACAGACACAUUACAGUCUUAUAAUAGUCUUUCAAUGUCUUCAUUUUUGAGGAAAAUUUACCCCACCACCCGGUGCUCACCUAUACUUAAGUUGGUGCUAUUUAAUAUGAAAUAUAGUAUUCAAAUAUUCAAAUAUUUGAAAUAAAAACUGCAAAGCGUUGUAAAACGCUUUAAUAAUAUAUAAACUAAGAAGAAACAAUAAUAUAGAUAGGCUUAGUAUAUAGAUACUAGAUGUAGAAAUGGUAUUUGACAAUUUUGUUAAAGUAUACAAAUACUGUGAAAUACUAGACGAAAUUCAAGGAAUAAAAUUGGUAAUUAAAUAAAAAUACUUAAGAAGUACAUACUGUCGGUAAUUUUGAAAACUAAUUGAAACUCUUAAGUUUAAAUUCAAUGAAAUGAAAAAAAUUACAAGUAAAAAUAAAAUACGAUUCAUUUUAUUAUUUAAUUUAAGAUGUAUUAAUUAUACACAAAUUUUAAUCAUUCCUUACAAAAAACUAGCCUGAGUGGAGUUCGGUUAUACAUGUUUUGAAAGGUCGAAAUAUUUACGGUUUUAAAAUAAUAAAUUUCGUAAACCGGGAAAGGUUUUUUGCAUUUAUUAUCAAAACCCUGGAAAAAUCAAAAAAUAAUCCCACUAAUGCAUCAACUAAACAAAAUUACCUUUCAAAAAUAUAUUGGAGCAAAAUGUAUGGUAGAAAAGUUGUUUACAAAUAUAAAAAGUAAAAAUAAAAAUACACGUUUCAAAGUAAAAUCAAUAGAUUCCUUGCUACGCUCUAAAUCGAAAAAAAUUGAUUAUCUUUACUUUCUCCUGGGAAAUCUCAAUGUGUAUAUCUUCAUGGGACACCCUGUAUAUUGUAGUAAACAAUCAGAAUUUGUCUAAUAGUUUAUCCGAAAUAACUAUUGAAGAAAUUAAGUUGUCUUUUGAUAGUUUUCUGUAGGUAGUAAUUUUUAUUAAGGGGCAGAAAUAAUAUUAUCAUGCUAUAAUAUGAUAAUAUAAUGUAUCGGAUGUACAUUAAAAAAACAAAAUAAUAAAAAAAUAGACAUAUUGAAAAAAAGAUCGAUGGGUAGGUGUAAUUCCUUUUUGAUAAAUACCACCUCAUCGUUACUGAGAAUUUAACGACAAAAUUGUUUUUUUUCAGGCAUUGUUAGUAUAACGGUUAAUUAAAACAAAAAUAACGAAAAUAACUAAUAAUAAUCGACUGUCUGAGUAUAAAUAUACAUACGUACCUAUAUCUCUAUGCGAUCGCAGCGUGCGUGCGAAUAUAUUAUUCCUUUGUCGCAGAGUUCGAUUGUGCGAGACUAAUAUUUUCGCGACAUAGAUAUUUUACUCCACCUAUUUAAAGAAUUUUUUUUUUUUAUAAAGAUUGCCGUUUAAAAAUCAAAAGUACGUUCGCCACCAAAAAUAAGGGUGACUAAAAAUAAGUUUAGAGACACUUGUUUCUUUAACUGUCGAAAAGAAAAUGUGGUUUUUAAAUAAGUUGGUACUUUGCGAAAUAAUAAUAAUUGUUUUACGUUAAAUGAACCAACCUGUAUAUAUAAAACGAUAACGGUCAUUUAAACUUGAUACCUAUUUUUAUAAUAUAGUUGAGGGCCUUAUACAUUGUUACCGGAUUAAAACAUUUACUUCCGGAAAUGCCGCUGUUUAGAUAAAUAAAUGACGUGUAACACCGUUGCACCACGGAUACGCAGCCGAAACAAUCGACCGGUAUCGACGAUCGAAAAAAAACGUUCACUGAUUUUGUUUUUACCACUCCGAUAACAUUGUUGUUGUAAAAUUUAUUGCAAUUAAUAUUGUUUCGCGUUAUUAUUCAUUUUUUAUUCAAACACCUAUUGUAUACGUUAAAACGAUGGACGCAUGGUACUGUAUCGUUGCUUAUAUGCGAGGCAUCGCGUGUUGGCUGUGCGAUUGGAUACGGUCAUAUACGGCCGUCGUUGUACAGCGGAUGGCAUUGAAUAUAAAAUAAGUAAGUAUACCAGAAAAAAUGAUUUACUAUACACCAGUUUUUUAAUAUUUUAACGGUAAAUAAUUCGUGUGUUCAGAUAAACGUAUCUACAUGAGUAUUUUUUGGAAAUUAAUUCCUGCCCCCCCUUCAGUAUAGAAGCUUCAACGCCGUAAAUUUUAUUGAAGAAAAUAUUACAAAAUUGGACAAAUAGUAAAAUUAUGUUUGUGAUAUUGAAUCUCCGAACACUGUUUAGUAUAGUAGUAAAAAAAAAAAGAAGAUGAUACCCUUGAUACUUCAGAGGAAGAUUUUUGGUAAAAAAUAUUGUAAACAGUAUAAAAAAAAAAAACUCAUACUGGAGGUGGGAGCAACCAUUGAUGCAGUAGAAAAGUUGGGAAGGUACGAUACAUAAAGUAAUUUCAUUUAUAUCUGUAAUCAACGAUAAACCGUUGGUUGACGAAAAACGAUUCCGAGCGCAAUUUGGUAAUACAUAAUUUGAAGUGUUGUAAUUUUUUUGCGAUUUUCGUUUAAAUUUGAUUUCAAAACGCUAAUAAAAAAAAAUAAAAAAAAUCGUCCGGUGAUUUUGAAAAUUUUAUCGCGUCUAGGUAAGUCCAAUAUAAAUAUUAUUACCAAGUUUCACAAAUCUAUGCGUGUAUUUAUAACCAAAUUACAGCAAAAAAACUUCCAAAAAUUAAAAUUUCUUAGAAGCAGCUCACAAGUUUUGGCGAUGAUAUCGUAAGAAAUUAAAUCAAAAACACAAAAAAAAAUGUGUCUUGUGAUUUUCGAUUAAAUAAUUUUUUCUAGUAGAAAACAUCGUUCAUGUUUUUAUAAAUUAAUGAAAUCGUAAAAUUGUAAGUUUUUCUACGUUUUUUCCCACUUAAGUACUUUUGUUUAAAAAAUGUCGUUUAAAAUCAACAAAAUGACCCCUGUAAUGUAAUCUUUAGACAACUUGAGUUUUCAGAAAAGUUGCUAUACGUUAAUAAAUCGGAGCAAGUUUACUAGGAAAAAACGUGUCCACAGACUAGAAGAAAAAAAAUAAACAUCUUAGUAAAACCAAUAGCUCCCUCGCUUAGAUCGGAAUCUAAAAAAAAUGCUUUAGUAAUAAAUAAAAAAAAAUAUUUAGAUUUGUUUUGUACAUAAUUUUACUGGAAUGGUAAAGCCGUAUUAUAAUAUUUUGACAUUUUUAGUGUUUCAGAAAUGUGUAUAAGGGUUAUAAGUUUUACAUUAUAUCAUAGAAGCAUUUUCUAUUGGUUUCAAUACGAGUCUACGGAUACCGAGGCUGAUACCGAGCCUAUGGUUACCGACACUACGGAUACCGAGUUUCAAACCAUCGCACUCGCGAACGUCGAGCUUGUGGCUAUUGAGUCUACGGAGAAUGAGUCUACAGAUAACGAGACGGAUACUGACUUGCUUUAGUAACUUUACUGACUAAUGUUUUAGUGUCUGUAGCUGCUGCUGUUGCUUUGGCGUCUGUAGCUGCUGCUGAUGUUGUAGAUUUUGAUAUUCCUUCUGCAAGUCACCAACAGAGGCUGAUCAGGCACCUUCGCCUUCUUCAGCACUCGUGCCAGUACUUCAAGCAGCUUGGUGGUCUCCUGGAUCACCUUGUUGACGCCUUUACCGUUGCUUUGGUGACAAUUUCGGUGAUCCUGGCCACUUGGUAUCCGGACUUCAUACCGUUGGUCUCGUACCGGCGGGUUGGUAGCCAAGUUGGGAACGUCUCAAGCAGACAAUUUUAA